AGCCAGACGGGCCACCGUUAUUUACCACACCAACAGAUCAGCUGGAGAAACUCCAGGCUGGUGGCAAGCUGAAGUGCCCGGAAGCCAGACAAAGACAGGCGGUGGAGGACGAGCCUUCCCUCACAGGCUUGGCAGAGCGGGGGCCCCACAGAGCUUGCCUGCUCUUCUCUCCUGGGCAGAGGCCGACACAGUUGGAUGGGCCAAUGGAGAGGAAGCUCAGAGAGAACGCCCUUCUUAAUUUCCCCAGUGGGAAGGAGUUCUGUUUUCCCUGUGUCGUAGGAAACUAGGCUAACCGGUCACUGGAAACAGGUGUUGGUGCCAGGGCCUCCGCCGGGGAGAUACGAGACGGCCUUCUCAGAGACAGGCCAUGGACACGGUGCGCAUCGCAGUCGUCGGAGCUGGCGUGAUAGGGCUGUCAACGGCCGUGUGCAUUUCCCAGCUGGUCCCCCGAUGCUCUGUUACAGUCAUCUCAGACAAGUUCACUCCCGAUACCACCAGCAACGUAGCUGCUGGGAUGCUUAUUCCUCACACUUAUCCAGACACGCCUGUGCCCACGCAGAAGCAGUGGUUUACAGAGACCUUCCGGCACUUGUCUGCAAUCGCCGAGUCUGCAGAAGCUGCAGACGCGGGUGUUCACCUGGUGUCUGGUUGGCAGGUAUUUCGGAGUGUCCCCACCGAAGAGGUGCCUUUCUGGGCUGAUGUCGUUCUGGGAUUUCGAAGGAUGGCAGAGGCUGAGCUGAAGCGAUUCCCUCAGUAUGUGUUUGGUCAGGCUUUUACAACUCUGAAGUGCGAGACUUCUGUCUACCUCCCAUGGCUGGAGAAAAGGCUAAAGGAACGUGGAGGUCUGCUGCUCACCAGGAGAAUAGAAGACCUGUGGGAGCUGCGGCCAUCCUUUGACCUCGUGGUCAAUUGCUCGGGCCUGGGAAGCCGGCAGCUGGUGGGAGACUCCACGAUUUCCCCUGUAAGGGGCCAAGUGCUCCAGGCACAGGCCCCCUGGGUGAAGCAUUUCAUCCGAGAUGGGAGUGGUCUGACCUACGUUUAUCCUGGCACAUCCUACGUCACCCUGGGAGGCACCAGACACAAAGGAGACUGGAAUCUAUCCCCAGAUGCGGAACUUAGCAGAGAGAUUUUCUCUCGAUGCUGCGCUCUGGAGCCCUCCCUCCGCAGAGCCUCUAACAUAAAAGAGAAAGUGGGUCUGAGGCCCAGCCGGCCAGGGGUGCGCCUGCAGAAGGAGAUGCUAGUCCGAGGGGGACAGAGGCUGCCUGUGGUCCACAACUAUGGCCACGGGAGUGGGGGCGUCUCAGUGCACUGGGGCUCUGCUCUGGAAGCCACCAGGCUGGUGAUGGAAUGGAUCCAUACUCUCAGGACCCCAGCUACUGUGUCAAAACUGUAGUUGACACCAGACGACAGCAGAUAACCCCGGGUGAUAUUGGCCAACGCACAGUGUGAGGUCCAUCACGGUCCUCAUAACGUCUCCGCUGCUUGAAAGUUGAAUUUGACCUUCUUUGUUUUCUAAAUUAGAAAUCAUGCAACACAUAGCCGUAGUCUUAGAAAGCUUGCCACUAAUGAUGCAGGGCACAAAGCUCCGUUUUUGUCAAAAUAUGUGUUAUUAAAAAAA